GGAUGUGGUUCCUGGGUCUACUCUCCUGCGCCCUCCUCUCCUUCCUCAACCAGUUCUUCUACUACCGAACGGAACCCCUCGUCAUAACCCAAAUCACAGUGCAAGUAGCCACGCUCCCCAUCGGCCGGUUCAUGGCCGCCGUGCUGCCCAAAACACAGUACCAGAUUUCAAUCCCGGGUCUCGGACCCAAGAUGUUUUCUCUGAAUCCAGGGCUUUGCAUGAGAAGGAAGAAAGAGAGAAGAAACAGAUGACCAGAGCAAAGUUCUUUCUUAUUGUCUUAGUUUGCAGUUUUUCAUGGUACUUGCUCCCAGGGUACCUUUUCACAACACUAACAAGCAUCUCCUGGGUUUGUUGGAUUUUCUCCAAGUCUGUCACAGCCCAACAACUUGGUUCAGGCUUGCGGGGACUUGGACUUGGUGCUUUGACACUAGACUGGAGUGCAGUGUCAUCCUUCUUGUUCAGUCCGCUCAUUAGCCCUUUCUUUGCCAUUGUCAAUGUUUUUGUGGGCUACGUGCUGAUAGUGUACAUUGUAACUCCUAUAGCUUACUGGGGUGUAGACUUGUUUAGUGCAAGAAGGUUUCCCAUAUUCUCCUCACACUUGUUUACAGCUCAAGGUCAACCGUAUGACAUAUUAGCCAUUGUUAACAACAAUUUCGAACUAGAUAAAGUGAAGUAUGAGGAGGAAGGACAAAUUCAUUUGAGCGUGUUUUUUGCUCUCACCUACGGGUUUGGUUUUGCCACCAUUGCCUCUACGAUUACGCACGUUGGUCUCUUCUAUGGAAGGGAGAUAUAUCAGCGCUAUUGUGCUUCUUACCAAGGCAAGGAGGACAUCCAUACAAAAUUGAUGAGAAAAUACAAGGACAUACCUUCAUGGUGGUUUUACAUUCUUCUUGCUGUCACAAUAGUAGUUUCUCUUUUACUCUGCAUCUUCGAUAAAAAGGUUCAGUUGCCAUGGUGGGGACUCCUAUUUGCUAGCGGCAUGGCCUUUGUCUUCACCCUUCCAAUCAGCAUCAUAACUGCCACAACAAACCAGACUCCAGGUUUGAACAUAAUUACAGAAUACGUAAUUGGUAUCAUAUAUCCGGGAAGACCUAUUGCCAAUGUAUGCUUCAAAACCUAUGGGUACAUGAGUAUGGCUCAAGCAGUCUCCUUCCUCAGUGAUUUCAAGCUGGGACACUACAUGAAGAUCCCUCCAAGAUCCAUGUUCUUAGUUCAGUUCAUAGGAACAAUUCUAGCUGGAACGAUCAAUCUUGCAGUGGCCUGGUGGUUGCUAAACUCUAUCCACGAAAUUUGUCAAGAUGAUCUCCCUGCUAACAGUCCCUGGACAUGUCCCAAUGACAGAGUUUUCUUUGAUGCAUCUGUAAUAUGGGGUUUAGUGGGUCCAAGACGAAUCUUUGGAUCUCAAGGCAACUAUUCGGCAAUGAAUUGGUUCUUCCUGGGAGGUGCAUUAGGACCUAUCAUAGUUUGGUUGCUGCACAGGACAUUCCCCAAGCAAUCUUGGAUUCCCCUAAUUAAUCUUCCAGUCCUCCUAGGAGCAACAGCAUAUAUGCCACCAGCAACAGCUUUAAACUACAAUAACUGGGUCCUAGUUGGAACUAUUUUCAACUUUUUUGUCUUUCGUUACCGAAAGCAGUGGUGGCAAAGGUACAACUACAUUCUUUCAGCAGCCCUUGAUGCUGGGGUGGCUUUCAUGGCAGUGGCCUUGUACUUUGCAGUGGGCAUAGAAAAUAUAAGUGUGUCUUGGUGGGGCACAAAUGGUGAACACUGUGACCUAGCUGCAUGUCCAACAGCCAAGGGUAUAGUGGUUGAGGGUUGUCCGGUGAAUUAAUGCAUGUAAUUCCUCUUUUAAGUGUGUAAUCUCUUUUAAAAGUUGGACAGCAUAGAACUAGCAAGCACCAAAGCACUUAGUCAACGAGAUGAAGCAUAACUGAAAUCUAUGACUAUUUAUGAUAGAUAUUAAAUAAUAAAAGCUUCCCCUUACA